CACGUCAUCACCACUGGACCUUGGACAUCUGCGGAUACCCGACAUGGCUCGUCAGCCGAGCGGUGCAGAUCAAGCAACCGAAACGUAUGAGUCACUCACGGCCGACGAAGUCAAGCAGCGACUGGACGAGCACGAGCACGGCGAGAUUUCCACGCUUCUCGACCUACUGACGGAACAGCUCGAAGCGCUCAUUGCCUCCUAUCGCGCAAGAACACAGAGUCGUCUUCUGCUUGAGCAGAUACCCGCAGAGAUUCGAGCAAUGAAGAUGAGAGACCUGGCUGCGUUCAGCUGGGACAUGGAUGCUGCACUCAAGUCGCGAGAACGAGGAGCGCAAGAGCCCCUCGGGCGUAGUCCCAAAAAGGUCAAAUCCUUCCUGGAAAGCCUGAGCAGUCCCUUCAAGACGCGACAGCCGAGUCCUACGCCCGCGCCAGUCCCGAGCACAUCCCAACUAGCACAGCCUACUGAACAGUCUCUGCCGAAGAAAGCGACAAAGAGGCCGAGCGAAGCGCACCUCAACGGCUCGCCUGCAAAACAGCCAAGGGUCUCGUCGCAGGAUGCAAACACAAGGACACGCACGACAGGAACAGCCACACCGAGUAAACGCGCACCGCCCGGUGGUUUCACCUACCGCGCAAGGCUCUCAUCUGCACUGCCAGCACAAGCGCCGCCUGUCACCAUCUCGACGCCCAGCACCAGCACUUCACGCUCAGGAGAGUCACGUUUGCUCACGCAUACUGUCAAGAGAAGGCCCAAAAAGGACGAGAGCAUUAUGGCCUUCUCCGUCAACGGCAGUCCGCUCGGAGUACUCGACUUGCAAGGAGGCUCGGAUGACGAGGACAUGGACGAUACCUUUAUGCUGGAACAACGUUCACCGCAGCAGGCUUGGCAAAUGGUAGAUGAUGAUACACCGAGUGAUCCUGCAGGGCAGCCUAAGACACAGUCGAAAGCGGGUGCAUUCUUCAAUGGACUCUCGCCUAAAAAGUCUGCGGAAUCGCUCCUGAGGAAGCAUCCUUCGAGAAUCCCCUCGCCCGUCAAGGGUGUCGUACCUCAAGGCAAUGUCAAGGCCAAGGCGAAUGCCUUUGCGGCUUCUAUGACCUCGCGAUUGCCUGUCUCGCCCAAUAAGCUCAGGCGGCCAGCCUCCAAGCAGGCUACCAUGCCUCCAGCCGUCAGCACUAGCGCCAAUGAGGCGAGUACGACAUUAGCAGCAAUGCGUCGCCAGCUUCAAGCCGUCAACAUGGCCGAAGACGAUCGCAAGAAGAUGCAGGGCCUGAUCGACUUGCUCGAGCGUACUCAGCAGGGCAUCGCGACGACAUAG